CCCAUUUCCGUACACAAGCGCUCUACCGAUGACGUGUACAGUCCACUACCGUUAGCUGGCUAGCCAGCUAGCUUAGCCACCCGUGAGAGUGACGGCGUAAGAAAUAACGGGCCAGCGCGAAAGGGGUCCAGCGCGGCGGGGGCGCGAUUCAACUCAUCACGGAAGAUGGAGACGCUUUACCACCAGACGAACAAGCAAAUCCAGGAGGUUCAGUCGUGCAUGGGAGCUCUGGAGAAGACGGACCGGCAGUCAGUACACUUGUUGGAGAACGAGCUGCAGGCGAGAACCGACCAGAUCUUCAACCAGUUAGAGCGCCUCGAGAUCCUGGCCAGCAAGGAGCCACCAAACCGCCGCCAGAACGCCAAAUUGCGAGUGGACCAGCUUAAGUAUGACGUCCAACACCUUCGGACCGCUCUGCAGAACUUCCAGCAUCGGCGCUACGCCAGAGAGGCGCAGGACCGAGAGAGGGAGGAACUCAUGAGCCGGACGUUCACGACCAACGACGCAGACACCUCCAUCCCCAUAGACGAGACCCUACAGUUUAACUCCAAGCUGGAGAACGCACACCGAGGCAUGGACGACCUUCUGGGCAGCGGCAGUGGAAUCCUCAACGGUCUCAGGGAUCAGAGAUCGACCCUGAAGGGGACCCAUAAGAAGAUGCUGGACGUGGCCAACAUGCUGGGGCUGUCCAACACGGUGAUGCGACUGAUAGAAAAGCGGGCCACCCAGGACAAGCUGAUCAUGAUCGGGGGCAUGCUGCUCACCUGCGUCUGCUUGUUCCUGGUCAUCAGAUACCUCGGCUGACCAUCAGCGGCGCGUGAAAAGUGGCACAAUGGGAUUUUUUUUUUUUUUUUAAACAAAUCGGUUUUCCACCAUUUAAAUUAUUUUGGGCACCUUUUUGUAAAAUGCUAAAGGUUGAGGAAGACCUUAAUAAGUCAGUAUUUAAUUUUAUUCCACUUGAAGCUCCAGUAGAGCUGUUGUACUUUGAUGUCUGCUGCUUUCCUCACGUCACAGAAUCUGUCAACUGAACUUUCUCCUCCAGUUACGAGCCGUCUGGAUCUUCUUCAUUCUGCCUUGUUGGUUCAUAAAGACUCAAAAUGCUUCGUGUUUCUUGUCAACAGAGAAUUGUCCUUAGUCUGUUUUUCUGCUUCACGUUCAAGGACCUGAUCAGAAAGUGAAUGAAGCAGCAGUCGAUUGUAAUAGUUAAAUCAUUUCUCCUGGUUUGUGAAUGACGUGAUUCUCUAAAUAGAAUAAAACAUGUUUCCUUC